UAACUGCUCUAAGCCAAUGAAUGCAACUCUAUAUAUACAGAAAUACGAUCAUAAAUGACAUUAGCCAGCUCAAACUCAUGUUCUGGGGUGACUGACACCCCAAUGUCCCUGCUAGAGGUGGAGUUACAUUAAGCAAAACACUGCUCAUUCAAAAUCUAGGGACCAUGACCACUUCAAAUGACUGAAGUAUGAAAGCAUAGAGCCUCCCAGGCAGGUCCUACUUGGCUUAUACUUCCUUAUCUCUUCUUAUUGAUUAAAUCCUCUACUGCAACUCUGUCACUACUGCAUUAUUUUUAAGUUUUAAUACAGGGAAAGUAUUAAAUAAUUUUUUUCAUUUUAAAGAAUCAAGGAGGGAGCUGGAGUUGUAAAUCGGAUAUAAAGUUUUAGAUUUCAUUUUAAGUGUUUUCUUAAUUUGUUCAUUUACACUCUAGGAUGGAUCAGAUUUACUUCCUGAAUGUUAAUGGAAUCCUGUUUCUUUUGUAGAUGAUAGUACAGCUUGAGUAAUUUAGAUGGCAUGAUAAUUGCUAUUCACCAGAGCCCCAUAAUGUCCAGGAAGUAAACAUAUCGCAGAUAAAGAACAAUUCUGUUUAAAGGAGCACAAACAUUUAUUCCUGACCUUAUAGUUUAAAAAACAUCAUAUAGCACCUCCCUAAAUACAGUAAAAUCUUACUUGUGUUCAAGUCUGCAGCUGCUGCCUCUGCCCCUAAACUGCCUCCUUGCAUGACCUCAUCAGAAAUGAAUCUCUGAGCCACUCACAAUGCUUUCCCAUAGGAUUGGCUGAGUCUGUCAAGGAAGUAGAUCAGGGGCAGAUCCAGCAUGAUUCAAACACAGUCCUGGACAAUCAGCAUCUCCUCAUAGAGAUGUAUAUGGUCCCCAGUAACUAAGGGCACAGUAUAGGCAUUAUGAGUGGGUUUAGAGGAAACAUAAACAUAAUUAACCAAAUGUAUGCGGUGGAAGAACAUAAUUAAACUAAUUAAAAAACAGCCUGUGUCAACUUAAAUAUAAAUGCGGUACGCGGUUGUGUUAGUUGGUGGACUCGUCAUGGGUUUUGAAGUCUGACUACUGGGGCGGUGGUGUUCAGGUUUCUUCCCUGGCAUGCACUUUGCGUUGUGUGGAGCAGGGGGGUGAAUUCUGGUAUAGUGGAGGGGUUCAGACACGCCAGACCUGUUGUUGCUGUCCCCACUGGUCCGCGCAGGCUGAGACAUUGCAGAUGGUAUUCCAGCUCUUGGAAACUCGAAGCCUUGUAUGUCGAGCCUUGGUGUGUAAAGGACAGGGCCUUCAGGACCCCCAGCAGUAGGAGAUAUCCUUAGCUCGUAGGGUCAUCAGUAGUGGCUGCAGGGCCUUGCGCCACGCAAUAGUGCCCCUGGUGAGGUCUGGGAACAGCGAUAGGGCAGACUCUUCAAACAUGAGGGGAGUGUGUCCACGUGCAGCAAAGCGAAUCGAUAUCUUGUCCUGUAGCGAUUGGAAUCUGAUAAUAAGGUCUGCUGUCGCCUCUGAUUGUGCUGAUGCCAGUUUCGGCAGUCGGAACAUGCCCUCUAUCUUAACUGCUUUGGCUUAUUUCGAUGGUAGUAGUGUAUUUCGCAGGUGGCGCACACAGUGUGGCAGGUCAGUCAAGCUCAGAGAGUCCGGCAUUCCCUGCAUUUUUAAGUUGUAACGCGGUCUUUGAUCUUCCAGAGCCUCAGUUCUGUUUGCCAUGGCUUUCGGUUUCUGUUGGAGUUCCGCCAGUUUGCGUUCCACAGAGGUAAGCCUAGAGUUGUGUGUGUUUGCCGUUGCUUCCAGGAGGGUUAUCUUGGUCAUGGCACCUUCUAUGGCGUCUUAAUAAUAGGCCAUGUCAGCCGCUAUGUUCGCUCUCAGUUCAGAGAGCAUGUCUUAAAGUUGGGAUGUUGUGACCGGGUCUCCGGUGGCUUGGCUUUUGGCACUGCUGGCAGGUUAAAUGAGGCCCCCCUCCCCAGCGUUGUAGGAAAGACCUUUGGAGGAGUACGAGGAGCCCUCGUCUCCCGGCGCCAUUUUGUCCCAUGCAGGCUUUUGAGAGAGACGGAGCAAUUCACUGUCGCAGCUGAAGGCGCUUUUGUCUGCCUGCUCUUUCUUAUUUUUUUGACCCAUUGCACCCUCAGGCAGUAGAGUGGCAGUUUGCUGUCGGGUCCUGGCACCAUUUCAGCCUUAUUACCGCAAUAUUUAAGAGCAAUAAGCACAGAGCUCGAGAGAGUGUGACAUCUCUGUUUUGCAGCUAGCUCCGCCCCGAGGUUGUGUGUGGUUUUUUUUUUUUUUUGUUUUUUUUUACACUUUUGUAAAAAAAAUGUGUAUAUAUGCGAAUACUGUCCUGUAGUUAUUGUGCUAAAUCUACCCCAAAAGACGUUUAACCGAAAGUGCAUCUCAGCAGCACGGAUCAGAACUAUCACGUUGGGAUUACCUUUGGAGCGCCGUCCAGGAGUGAAGCCAUGAUUUCCGCACCCUUCUUACACAGCUGUUCCAUUUAGUAAUGUCAGGGCGAUGUCCAGAGUGCUUUUUUUUUUUUCUCUCCAGUUGCAUAAAUAUGUACUGUUCUAAUUUAGUUGCAACUAUAUUGUGAAACAUUCUGAUAUAUAUUAAACAUUGCAAAUCGCUUCUGAAAACAACUUGUGAAAGAUAGCAUUCGUUAGUAAAUGGCACAGUUUAAGGUGCACCAUAUGUGCUUUAUAGAAAUAAUGGCUGACGUGGCACUCCUUAGGGUGGUGAACUCAAUUUCCCAUAAUGACUGAAAGCUAGCUGAGCAUUAUGGGAAACUUAGUAGAUUAUCAUAGGGGACUAAAUUGGCCAUCACUGCUUGUUCGUUACGCAUGUAAGGUCUUAUUGACUUUGGCAAUAUCCCCUCAUGCUGCAUAUAGUGUGGGUGCCAGACAGAGCAUUGUAACUAAAAACAAUUCACAAAGUGUAACAUCUGGCACCAUAACCACUACAGCUCACUGUUGAAUGUAAUGAUUACGGUGCUUGGAGCAUUCCUUCAACUUAUGUAGGAGAGAGAUCGUAAUGGAAGAGAUGCUUUUGUGCUUUUGUGAACUCUCCAUGAGACAAAUUUCAAUGUGCAUUGUCCGUUUUGACUGUAAACUAAAGUCCUCAGUUAUUAAACUUUUUUUUCUUCUUUUUUUCCUUCAAGAAAAAUUAACUAUUUAAAAAAAAAAAAAAAAAUUAAAGACUUGUGCAUGUGCCAAAAAAUAUACAGGUGGACAUUCCGGUUGUGACUUUGCUAUAAGCAAACAUCACUUACAGAUGAAAAUAUAAUUUACUGUCAUGGCCCAGUGAGGUAGAACAGGCAGACUUAGGAAUGAUAGUGCACGUGAAAGGGUAAUGCAAUCUACACGUGGUUUGGUGUACUGGCGGCUUAGAUCUAAUGUUUGUAACUUAGAAGUAAUUUUUCAGGAUAUUUUACGAUUAAAAAGUCUUUAAUAUACAAGAUAACAUAUAUGUGCAUAACAUGAUAGUAACACAAUACUUUAAUAUAAACUUUGUUGUAGCUGACUUAAUGUUAUGUAUUGAAGCCAAAACAAACCGAAGGUACGAGAGAACAUUGUGUGGGCUUGCCAUUCGGUUAGUUUCUGCUCAGAUCUUUGCAGAACCGAACACUGGAAGUCCCUCUAGUGGCCCUCUCUGAAAAGGCAGUGUUUACAUGAAAAAAGCCUGAAGGGAACUAUUAUACUCAGCAGAACUGCAUUAAGCUGUAGUUGUACUGGUGACUAUAAUGUCCCUUUUAAUGGCAACUUUAAAGAGGAACAGUCGUGAGAUUUUUGCACAACUCAAGCUAAGUAAGUGACUUAUGGGCUUUGUAGCAAUAUAUUUUUUUCUCUCUCACAUUUUUAUAAAAAAAGUGUAAAUUUGUUCAUUUGCAUGUUAUGCCUGGAACUCUGAGCACAGUGUAGGCAAACCAUACAAAUUGAUUUAACUCCCACAGUGCCAGACCAUGCACCACACAUCAUUUCUCUGCACAAGAAAAAGCGUUCACUGAUAUUGCCUUGGACUCGUGACUGCUGCGGAGGAGACCGGUGUGUGUUAACUUUCCUCCACUACACUGCUCAACUCAUAGUGUUAAAAAUAUUUGCUGGGGUGAAGGAAAAAGAAAGCGUUCCUUCCAGAGAAGUGACAGUUCUGCGUUAGAUCGCCUGCCCACACUUGCCUUUCGAGUGUCACUCAGCCUUGCUCUCAUUGUCAGCUGACUUUGAAAUAUUUUGUGAUCUGCAGUUUACCCUUAAUGCAACAUUCUGAAUUCUACCUCUGAGCCAGUGUAAUGGAAGGGAUUUUUCAGAAUGCGGCACCAUAAGCCUGUCUGCUUUGCCACACACCCUCGUGCCAGGACUUCCUUAUUGGUGUAUUCACACAGGUCAGCCUCUAACACCGCAGAGUGAGCUGCUUGUAUUUCCUAAACCGGCAGCAGACAGUCAGAAAAAUACUCGAUCACUCCAUGCUGGCAGCAGCAGAGCUGAGCAUAUUUGAUAAGGGAGUCUUUUUCUGGCAUUAGGGUGUGUCUCUUAAUAAUCAGUUCUGCAAAACAUUUAUUUUAUUUUUGUGUGCAAAAAUACAGCAAAUGAAUAAGGCUAAAACUCUCAAAUAAAGUUCUAUUUGUGUCUGAAGUAUCCCUAUUAAAGAAAUAAAAAUAAUUAACUUAUGAAUUGUUGGUCCCUUUGAAAACAUGACAAUGGACACCAGAAUGAAAUUUUUGCAGUAGUGAUCAUGCGUAAGCAAACAAUGUCCAUAUAUAUGUGGACAUUUGUAUCCUUUGUGCCCGUCUUGAGAAGCCUACAAAAAGCACGUCACUGUUCUUUCUAUGCUAGCAUGCUAGAAAGUAUUGUUUAUAUUGGCACCCCAAGUAGAAAAGCAAAAAGAACCCUGCCUUGGUUUUAAUAGCAGGUUUUUAGGUGGUUUCUGAGUUUUGACUCACUUUAUCAGACUGUCACAUCCUUUACUUAUUUAAUUUUUUUACAUUUUUUUUUAACAACCAUAUUGCCAAUUUAAAUUAGCUGUGUUUUUUUAAUUUCAAACGGCUAUUCAUUUUUUUUUUAAUUGAUAUUGCUUUUACUUAUUUAAAAAGUGAAACAUUUAUUUGAAAGCUGAUCUACAACAUUUAAAGGGACUCUGUAGGCACUAUAACCAUUUCAUCUCACUGAAUUUGUUCUAGUGUCAUCUGGCACUGUCCCUCCUAUUAGUGUUCAAAACAUUUUUUAACAGUUUAACACUAAGUCCCUGGCCACCCAUAGCCCGGCCCUUACUGGAGGUGUGGCUAAGGCAGAGAUUACACACUUUCUUCUAGCUGUACCGAUUCAUACCAGCAAUGGGAGCAGUGAUAGGCUGAAAGCAGUCAUCUGACAUACUCAGCCAAUCACAGCUGCCUAUUGCUGCUCAGGCUAAUGGCUUCUCACCAGUUGAGCCAGCCCAGAAGGGAAGGACUGCUGGGGCACUCUCGUUUAGCAUUAAAACAUAAAGAAUAUUGUAACAUUGACUGAACGGAUGGCUCCAGGGGCAUGGAGACACUGUAACCACUUCAUUGAGAACAGUUACAGUGCAUACAGUAUCCCUUUAAACUAGAAAAGCUGUUUUGUAACAAUUCCCCAGUUCCGCUAUAGUCAGAGAUUGGCUAUUAUAGCCUUGCUAUUAUAUAGCCUUGUUGAUGAGACCAUCUAAUUAAAAUAGGAUAUCGGAAGCGCCUAGCGGCAAGUUAAGCCUGCAAUGAAAGAGGCAACAUUUUCAGCUGCAGGUUUAAAACUGGGUACCAAGACCACUUCAUUGAGAUGAAUUGUUCUGGGUGCCUAUAAUGUUCUUUUAAUGUUCUAUCAUGCAAUUCAUCUAACACAUGGAUAAUUCACCAAAGAGCAAAUUGCAGUGAACUGACAAAUGAUUUACAAAACCAGCUGUAAAUGUAGUUACCUCCAUUUAUUGUGGUCAGUUUUCUUGAGCCAGACUAGGAUGAUCUACUUGUUAAAACCGUUAUUAAACUGCUGAAAUACCAUAGGUGUCCUAUUUUGGUUAAGAGCCAAUGCAGUUGAACAUAAUUGUUGUCAUUAUCAACAUCAAGGCAUCCAAAUAGUACUGCAUUAUUUAUUUAUAAGCUUUUAUAUUUAGUGGAUACUAAUCUUAUUCAUCUUUACCGUAUUACAGACUGUGGACAUUCAUAAAGAAAAGGUGGCUCGCCGAGAAAUUGGCAUCCUGACAACAAACAAAAACACAGCAAGGAGCCACAAAAUAAUUGCGCCGGCUAAUAUGGAGCGUCCUGUCAGGUACAUACGGAAGCCUAUUGACUACACGGUGCUGGAUGAUGUAGGCCAUGGAGUUAAGGUAAGAAUUGAUUCCUUGAUGAUGCUGCUAAAUAGGCAAAGAAUGAAUGAGAAUUGUGAAAUAUAUAUUGUCCUUGCCGCUUUCAGUGUGUGCAAAAAGAUGUGUGGGGAGUGUGGAAAAGGCUGGAGGAAUAAAUUUGUUGUGAUCAGUGCAUAGCACAAGAUUUGUCCUAAUCAAUCAAAGCUUAAUCUGCAGACAAGUUUUGAAUAUAUUGAAAUCCCCCCACCCCCCCUUUAAUUUUGUUUAAAAUAAUGCCUGUAUGUGCAUGACCAUGACCUCAUCGUAAUAUAUUGUGCAAUCACAUGGUGAUGAAAAGAUAGUGUGUAUGUUAUUGACGAAUAGGCAGUUGAACAACAAUUGGAUUUCUCCUCUCACUAAAUCAAUUGGCACAGUUUACUUGUUUGGACUGGAGCUAUGUAGUGAGGCUGAAGUAUUUUGUCAAACUUGUUCUCAGGAUAGACUAGUAUUUAUGGCUAUCACUACAAGUGCAUUAACAUUUCAGUGUAAAUUGCAGGCCCCAGAUCGAUUCACCUAGAACAGGAAAAUCACGUAAUUCUGGCGUAGGGACUAGUGUAAAGAAUGCUGCUGUAGAACAAAUGGUUUGUGAGACUAGCCGUGGAUUUGCACUCACAUCCCAAUGUUGCAUUAAUACUAUCCUAGUUACUUGGUAAAAUUUUGCUGUUUUAAGCGGUAAUAAGAAAUUGUGAUGGUGCAAUAAUAAAACUCAACUCAGGAUAUCCAUUAAAACAAACUAAAGCUCAAUGUACUCUACCUGGUUUAUUUAAACAUUCAUUUAAAUUUUCAUUAAUUGACACCUUUUAAUCUUCACAUUCCAUUGCUGGGACAAUUGAAUAGUGGGAAUUAGGACUGAUUUUUGUCAUACUUUCCCUCUAACUCAGCAGAAAUAUGUACAUUUUACCGCUUCACAGUCCUGAAGUAGGAAGGUAAAGGCUCUUAAUUGUUCGCUCGUGACACCCAUUCCAAUUCACAGCCUUCUACUCUAUUUUAGUAAUCGUGCCAGAUAGCCUGAGAUGAAUGGCCUGCGAGUGCUUCUGAAUUGUUUUAUUUAUGAUCCCAUCGCAUUACAUUGUGCAUUAGCCUGCAUGGUUAGGCCUCUGUCUCCUUUAUAAUGGAGUGCCUUCCGGCUUCCCCAAGGAUAAUGUGAUUUUAGCCUUAAGUUCAUGGCUUAUUACCUCGCAUAAUCUCUACUUGAAGGUUCUAUGCCUCUGUGCCCUGAUUGUACUUAUAAAAUACACUGUAAUAACAUAUAUAUGUAGUGUGUACGCAUGUAUUAUGGGAGUAUAUAUGUGAAUAUUUGCUUUGCAUAAUUGUUAGAAUAUUAUGUCAAUUUUCUAAAUUUUGAUGCAUCGGGGUACUGUUAAAAAGCAUGUUCCCUUGACACUUCAUUGAUGAGAUUCUAGAAACAAAUUGCACUUUUUAUAUAUUUGUGUUUUCAUUUUCUGCAAACAGCUUUGCGGUUCUGUGACUUUCUGUAAGGCAUGGAACUGUGGCUUUGUCCCAUGCUUUUCCUGCUUGUGGAGUGUCCCAUGCCAGCUCUGCACUAAUUCUCUCGGAAAAUACAACUUUUGUUUUCAAGCAAAGGAUGUGCUAGAAUUCAUCCACGGACAAAAAAAACCACAUUGCGUUUUGCAUGAAUGUAGCUUGAUGCGAGAUCUGCGCAUGGCAUGCUUGAAUGCAUGGGAUGGUAUACUCGAUAAGUACAGAUUGCAAGUUUUAUUUUGUGUCGUGCACAGUUUUGGAAUAGCAAUGAGUCAUUGCCAUUUAAGUAGUAGCAGCACUUUAUCCCUGUCAGUGUUAUGAAAAGGCUUUGUGUAGCAAAUCCACCUACACUAAAAAAAAGAAUGUUUAAUACAGCAACAUCUCCUAGCAACACAGUAGGAGUUUCUUAGACCUCCAAGACAUUGUUUGUUUGCUGUGUCUUGGAUCCACAAAUAGACAUAAGACGAAGGCAAAGAGAUGAGAUUGAAUUUCCCCCAUACUUUAUUUAUUUUUUUCCCCAUUAUGUUUCCUGUAAGUCAUUAGCGUACAAAUGGCCAUCAUGAUUAUAUGCAUUUUUCUCUUAUUCUUUCAUCUAUACAGGACACUGGCUAACUACUAGCCUAAUGUCGUCCUAAUUCAAAAUGCUGAUAUGCAAGAUGACAUGCAUAAAUCACCUUCACAGAGAACUGUAAGGACGGGAGAUAAUUGUAUAACAUGCCUGUUAAAUGCUAUUGCAGUAGACCAUUUUACCAAACCCCUAUCAAAUCCCUCCCCCACCCCCCAAAAAUGAUAAUUUUUACUGUUUUAAGUUUUGUUUUAUUUUGGAAUUUCAAGGAUUAAAUAUGCAGUGCCCGAAAUUUGUAGUGGAAUUACUGCUGAAUCCUUCCUAUGGCCUAAAAUGAGGAUGGGUUCCCUUUGAAUCUAUAGACUAUGCCUCCGUUACAGAGACAUGUAUAUUUGCAAGUCUUAUCAAGAAGAAGCUAUGGCGUCCUGUAUUAUAAUGCCUUAUUGAUCAGAAUAUUUUGCCCAGACAAUAUUUGUGUCUGGAAACAUAGAAUAUCCGGUAAAUCUGACAAGGAGUCUGACACAAGAAUAUUAAAUUCUCCCUCACCAUAUCUUUCAAUUCUUUUCCCUUUAAUGCCAUGUGAUUAGUUUAACCCAUCCCUUGCAUGUGUUAGACAUUGGGGGUCAUUUCUUUUCCAAUAAGCCAUCACACCAGCACAUGUACACAAUCACACAGUGCCAGAGAAAUGUUAAAGGUAGUUUUUUUUAUUUUUUAUUUAUUUAUUUAUUUUUUAUUCAUGAUAUUAUAUUUUAAAUACUUUAAUGCCCUUUGGCUUCUCUGCAACCACCUCUGAACAUUUCAGCUAAUCUCUGGAUCUGGAAGAAUUAAGCUUUUUGAUCUUAUUCAAUACCAUAUCCUCCUUCCUGCCUUUUCUCAACAAACAUAAUUGGGGGAAAUUAACAUUUGCGAAACAGCGGUCUGUUACACAUACAUAAACAAAGCACACACACUGGCCUUUUUUUUUUUUUUUUUUUUAAAGUGUUUUUACUCCUGCAAUGAACAGUUUUACAGAAGUGUUUUUAACCCUUGAAGCACUAGAUCUCAAGUAUCCAUACCUCUUGCCAUACAUUGUAAGCUUGUCUGAGCAGGGCUUGAUUCACCUCUCGUCUCUGUUUCAGCUACUUGUCAAUUGUCCCCAUUCUAUAAUUGUAAAGAGAUGCGAAAUAUGUUGGCGCUAUAUAAAUAAUAAUUUUAAUUCAUUAUAGGUAUAUUUGUUUUAAAAGAUACUUGAUAAUUAGUUUUGUGGCAAAUAAAAGUGCUGAUCUAUGUUUCCAAACGAUAUGACAUCUAUGGCAAGCACAUGUCACUCAAUAUCUUGUAUAUGGUCUUGCAUAGCUUUCUUAGGAAAGCCAGUAGAGCCGCAGCCUUGUGGGUCAUCUGAUUUUGGCUACUUAGUGAUUUCAUUCAUGUUUUUCCACGAGUGCAACAAGUAACUCUUAUGUGAAAACUACCCACAAAGCCAUAGUUCCUAAAAAAUAUAUAAAUUCUUCAUUUCUCAAUUUCAAAACUACAACCUCUACUAGAAUUUGUUAAUCCGUUGGCUACAUUUUGCAAAGUUUAAUAAUGUUUUACUUGGAAUUGAAACAUACUGUAGGGAAAUAAGGGAUUCUUUCUCACGAAUAAGUAAUUCUUGUACUCGAGUGUUGUUACACCUCUGGCACAUGUGGCCUAGUCAUCAGCUCGAUAGUUUGCUCCAGUCGAACUAAUGGGAGUCUUGGGCAGAAAAAAAUAACCGCCAUGCAUUGGUGAUGGUUGUAAUGCGCUUUUGGACUUGCAGGCAACACUGUGUGGGUGCCUGCAAUGAGAACUAUAUAGAACUGUGUGCAAACUGUACAGCUCUUCAUGCAGUCCACUAAACUUAAAAGCCAGCCUGCCUUACCCCGCGCACCUCCCUACAUUAUAUUUCAUGGUCCCCCCUCACCUUUUUUUUUUUUUUUUCUUUCUUGCUCGCUCUUGGUUUGGGAGGUAGGCUAGCGUUGGUAGUGAAAUGGGCUGUCACUCGGCGAGCUCUACAAGUUUUUGUACUUAAAGUGUUCCUUUAAAUACAGUGAUUAAAUAACGUAACCUAAAAUGGAAACUUUGCAAGCUACAAUUCCCCAUUACUUAUUUCAGAUUAUAUCAGAUGUAGAUCUAUGUUAACCAGCAAUAAAACUAUUUAGGUUUUUCUUUACUACUUAUGCUACCUGUAAAACCUACAUGAUACGUUGCAGAUUUAUUGGUUAUAGGACUAUUCUCUGUUGAGAAAUGCACUAUAACAUACAAGGAAUCUCUGUGCCACUUUACACAAAUUGCGAGCCAGUAAAAAUGGAACUUAUAUGUUUGAGCCGUAAAAGUCCCUGUACUGUAACCGAAGUGUCAUUCGUGAGAAAAAGAUAACUAUCUACAGAGGAACUUGUACAUUUUCAUACCUUGUGCGUUUUGAUAAUGCAAGUUGGACAUGUAUAAACCUUUUGUGCCAUAUGUUCUACUUCACCACAAAAGAUGGCAAAGUUGUACAUUUUGACUAGACAUUCAAACCCUGCUCCUUAUCGUUUUAUAUUAUUUAUUUUGUAUUGUUAACUGCAAAUGAACAACUUUGGGCUUGGGACAUUGUUGGAGGAGGAAGGAAAACUACAGUUCCCAUGAACCUUUGCCUUUGUAUUUUGGCCACCCUUGGAAAACCAGUUUCUAUAUUGUGUUUACUUUAGUUCCCGUGGGGGGCUGAGAAUUAUGGCAGUUAUAAUCUAACAGCCAAGGAUGAACAAAACUUUGGACUUGUUGGAACAUGAUGUGUCAACUGUUAUACAGCUUAAUUUUUCUUUUCUUUCCCUUUUCACUUAUUUUUAGCUAGUUAAUAAGGAACUAUUCUAUUUAUAAAUGUCUUAAGGGGUUCAAGAAAGGGAGAUGAAUAUUGUCACUUCAUUUUCACAUACCAUUACAGUAACAUCUGGUUUUCGUCAUUCUCAAAACUCCUUUUUACAGGAAGAGAUGCCCAUUGCUUCUGCUUUACAACAUGAAACAUAUGUCUGCUUCCCACCAAAGAUCUAUUUGUCACGGGGGAACUUUACCCAUAUAGCCCUCACAGGAGAUACAUUGAUCUGAUUCUAGCUGUGUGUUAUGGGAGAUUUGGGGGAAACAGCUGGUAUGCAAAAGAUUACUUUCCUAUAUAGUAUAACCUGUUUAAUCUAGUCAUAGAAACAUAGAAUGUGACUGCAGAUAAGAGCCAUUCGGCCCAUCUAGCCUGGACAUUCGGCCCAUCUAGCCUGGACAUUCGGCCCAUCUAGCCUGACCAUUCGGCCCAUCUAGUCUGCGUAAUCAUCAAUUCAGUUAGCAAUUUUACUUCCCAACAAAAACUGUGUGCCUAUGUAAAAAAGCACCGAGACAUUGUAUUGGUGCUCCGUGAGAUGCCACGGUCCUCCUUAAUGUAGAUUCCUGUUUGCAUCGUUAGUGUUAUUCUUCGAUAUUCCGUAACAUUUCUGUAACUUGACUCUACAAUUUAUUAAAGAAAAAUAACGUCGAUUUUGGGAAAACCCAGAGUCCAGAAAUAUUAAAUAUUUAUAAACUUUUUAAUUUAUGAAUCUGUUUCUUAAGCAGUUUUACAUUGUCAACUUGAAACGUUCAAUUUAUUUAAGCUUCUGGUCUUUAUUGACCCCAUCUAGAAUACGCUGCACGGAAGACUAUCACCUUCUUCACAAAGCUGUACUCCAUUCCUUUCCAAAGACAUGCGCCCUGCCUUCCUAGCUUUGCAUGAGCUGACUUCAUUGCCGCUAUUUUAUUCACUUCCUUUUUUUUUUAAUUCCAGGAAGCUGCGGUCUGUAACCUCGUACAUAACGGAGGUUACAGCUGGCAGGGAGGGAUAGAAAGGUUAUUUGCUUCAGUCCUUUUACACAGCUGUGAAUACUGUACAGAUGGCUGCAUUGAGCUAAUGCAGUGUAUGUGCCAUUGGAUGUUUCCAGGGAGACUUGCUUUGUGGCUACUAGCAAGACUUUGCCUGCAUGAUCUGGCUGUAUUGGAUGAUCAGACAGCUGGCAAUUUGCGGCUAAUUGCAGUCUGUUAUAUCCAGACUGGGGUACCAGUUUUGAUUAAAACCAUUAUAUCUGCAGAGCUGUUAAAUAAAACAAAGCCUACUGCCCCACUCGUAGCUCUAAAAAUAGAUACAAAUGUAUCUGCAAAUUUUUUAUUUAUUUUUAAUAACUGGUUGUGUGUUGUGUGUUUUUAUUUAUUUAUUUAUUUUUACUGGUAAUUUAUAUAUUAGACGUGAGUCAGAUUGUGGUGAAUGUUACUUCAAAAAUCCACCAUGGAUUUUUAAAAAAAUUUCUAUCACAUCAAUAUUCUACUCUAUAAUCUAUAUCUCCCCCAUGUUUAAAGGAUGUCACCCUCUGUGUGUUAUAUUUGACCUCUUAUAUGCAUUGUGAUGAUCAAUUAAUUUUCACUUUUUGUUUUGUUUUUCCCUUUUGCCAUCAUUAAGUGGCUAAAAGCCAAGGUAAGAGAAGUUACAUUUCACAUUUGAUCCCAACUGUUACUAUAACCCAGGCUGCAGAUCUAUCAAUCAGUGAAAUAUUGCAUCCCUUUCCUCUUGUCUCCUCUCCUUCCCUCGCUGAACACCACUAGUUACAUUAGUCCAGUAAUCCAGUUUUGGCUUCAUGUGACCAUGUAGAUCACAAAUAUGUUGACAUAACACUAGUAACUGAGCCAUUAAUUUGUGUGACUUACAAUGCUUUCUCAUAUUAUAGAUAACCCUGCUUUAUAGAUAACCCUGACCUGCAGUUGUACGAAAGGUUUCCCAGACAUGUUGUACAGUUUAGUUCCAUGAUGCUUAACCUUGCAAGCUGAAGUUUGUGGACUAUAUUUACUUUAAUGCUUUGCACGGUUUAGCGAUCACUGAUUUAGUAAGAGGUGAAUCUCAAAGGACUGUUCUGUAGAACCAUGAAGUGUGUUUAAUUGAUCAAUUUGUUCUGAAAAGUAGAGUAUCUGAUUAUUUUCUUCACAUGAUGUCCGGGAGGGUAUAUUUACUAAGGGUCGAUAGUCCUUGCCCCUUCUGCCCCAGUUAAAUUACAAAGAAUAGAUGUUAUCCUUAGCACUCUAGAUUGAAAUACUUUGCCAAUGAUGCUCUGACAGUCUGAGACCUAUGUCACUUUGAAGCAUUAAUGCUAUUACGCAUGUUUGAUACGUCUAUAAUCAUUCUAUAUUAUACUAAUAAGAUUCUGUAAUUAUAAAUUCAAUGCAUAUAGUGGAAACAAACAGUAACAGAAUGUGUUAUGUUGGGUCAUUCUAAAUCAAGUCAAUCGCAAUGCGCCAUUGGUUUUGCAAAUGGCCAAACAGACAGUUCUCCCAUUUUUUUAAAAAAAUUUUCAUGGCCUCAUUCAGUUGUUGAAUGUCAUAUCGUACCCAUCAAUUCGAUGUUUGCUUUCAUAGUAUAGAUUUCGACUGUUCAAUAAUAUAGUUGAUUUGGGAAACUGUGAAAUAAUCUAGCUAGGUUUGAACAAACUGGCUAUCAGCCAUGGCCCUUAUAAUGGCAAACUGUCGAAAGCAAUCUUUUUGGGGCUAAUUAUUUUGAUUGCUAUGGAGGUAUUUCUCCCUGUUUCACCAAGAAAUAGAACUGCCUUCUACAGGUGACUAUCUAGAUCAUUGGCUCGGCAUAAAUCUAAAAAAAAUAAGUUUAGACCCUUCCCCAAAAAUGUCUGACAUUUGUUUUACUGGAUUUUGACAUACUUACCAUUCAAUAUCAUAGCAGAAAUUACUCAGAUAAAUCAUUUUGACCUCAAGUAAAUUAUCCCCCAGGUUUUUAAACCUCCCUUUUGAAAUGAUUUGUAUUUGUUAAACCUUUUAAACGGAAACAGAUCAGUAUUUGACCCUUCUAAAUUAAAGAAGGGAGUAGUAACAAGACUUUAGACAAAAGUGUAUUAAAAUGUAAUUGUGCUGUGUCUGGGAAUCCUGACAUUUUUUGUUGUUUUUUAAAAAAAAAAAGUUAUUUCUUACUGAAAACAGUUUGAAAAUGCUCUUUAUGGAGAAAUAUGUUUAAAACCAUAAAUAAUACAUUUUUGUUUGUUCAUCAGCAUGGAGGAAAUCAAGCGGCAAGAACUGGUACCUUGACCAGGACAAAUCCACCCACGCAAAAACCGCCAAGUCCACCAAUGGCUGGCCGCGGAACUUUGGGGUAAGAAUGUGUUGUAACUGUUGGCAAUUGAUGUUAAAUUGGAAGAAAUACAUUCUCUAACUGGCCUAAUUUUUUUUGUCCAUAUUUAACUAAAUAAAAUAAUUAGUUGUGUCUGUAUGUAUUACAUCUGCAGAUAACUAGUUGCUCUUUUACUCUAAUGCAGAAGCAGAACUUACUAAUGUCACUCGUUUUUAAAAAAAAAAAAUUUUUUGUGAAACUGAUUUCUGAUGCCUUUAUUCAAAUAUCUCACAAUGAGUGAGAUUAGCGUAGUGCUGCCUGCUUAAAAGUGGACAUCGGAAGGACUUAAAAUGGUUUUGGUAGGCUAAUAUAGAAAGGGUGAGCUCUAGAGAUACUCUUGUGUAUAAUGCAGAUCUCUGUACCAGUGCAAUUACAUCACAUUCUGUGUAAUAUUUGUAUUUGUGUAAACACAAUUUUCCUAAGCAGUAUUGGUUGCACUGUUGAAGCACAGCACUGGUAUAUAUUUUCAUAAAACACUGUUGCUCUGUUGUGGUAGGAGAAAUACACCAUACAAAACGCUGGAGCCAGUCAAGCCUCCCACGGUGCCGAAUGAUUACAUGACCAGUCCUGCUAGAAUUGGCAGCCAGCACAGUCCUGGAAGAACAGCAUCCCUGAAUCAGAGACCAAGAACACACAGGUAAGGAAUGUGACAAUCCUCAUACAUUUCUAUGGAGUGUAUAAGCAAUUGUAAACAGCUAUAUUACUCCUGUAUUGGCUUCCUAUUUGUUUGAUAAAUCAUGAGUAGAGAUUUAUUAUGUAUAGUUUUAUUUUGCUUGUGCCACACAAGUUCUUCUUGGUGAGGUGUCCCUGCAAUUCUUCCUUUAUAAUGAGAUUUACACAUUUAUAAAAAAAAGAAAAUCUAUUUAACUAUGAAAAUGUUUGUUUAAUUUUAGGUAAAACUUAAAUUAUUGUAAAGUUUGCUUUUUCAAGGUUUGUUUAAGCUCUCUGCACAUUAAAUAUAUACUUGGAUCUGAACACUAGCAAUCAGUAGAAACUAUCCAAAAAGUUAACAUUUUAAAGCCUUUUCAAUAAAUUGUGAAUUGUAAGGAGCUCACUGCGAAUUUUGAAGUUAGUUUAUUUUUUCAAAUUUAGGACACCUAAAAUUUGAAACACAUUCCAGUUUAUGCAUGUUGUCAUUUCUAAUGUUUUGGCAUUUUGAAAUUCACUUUGAAUUCUCUGCCAAUAUCUCCUAAAAGUAAAAUCUGCCAACUCAAACUCUUCUUCGUACACUGAACAAAAUCAUAAACGCAACACUUUUGUUUUUGCCCCGAUUUUUCAUGAGCUGCACUCAAAGAUCUAAGACUUUUUCUAUGUACACAAAAAGCCUAUUUCUCACAAAUAUUGUUCACAAAUCUGUCUAAAUCGGUGUUAGUGAGCAAUUCUUCUUAGAUAAUCCAUCCACCUCACAGGUGUGGCAUAUCAGGAUGCUGAUUAGACAGCAUGAGCAUUGCACAGGUGUGCCUUAGGCUGGCCACAAUAAAAGGCCACUCUAAAAUGUGCAGUUUUAUCACACAACACAAUGCCACAGAUGUCACAAGUUUUGAGGGAGCGUGCAAUUGGCAUGCUGACUGCAGGAAUGUCCACCAGAACUGUUGCCUGUGAAUUGAAUGUUCAUUUCUCUACCAUAAGCAGUCUCCAAAGGUGUUUCAGAAAAUUUGGCAGUACAUCCAACUGGCCUCUCAACUGCACACCACGUGUAACCACACCAGCCCGGGACCUCCACAUCCAGCGUCUUCACCUCCAAGAUUGUCUGAGACCAGCCACCUGGACAGCUGCUGCAACAAUCGGUUUGCAUAACAAAAGAAUUUCUGCACAAACGGUCAGAAACCGUCUCAGGGAAGCUCAUCUGCAUGCUCGUCGUCGUAACAGACUUGAGUGGGCAAAUGCUCACAUUUGAUGGCGUCUGGCACUUUGGAGAGGUGUUUGGAGAUACCGUGAUGAGAUUCUGAGGCCCAUUGUUGUGCCAUUCAUCCACGACCAUUACCUCAUGUUGCAGCAUGAUAAUGCACUGCCCCAUGUUGCAAGGAUCUGUACACAAUUCCUGGAAGCUGAAAACACCCCAGUUCUUGCAUGGCCUGCAUACUUACCAGACAUGUCACCCAUUUAGCAUGUUUGGGAUGCUCUGGAUCGGCGUUUACGACCUCGUGUUCCAGGUCCUUCCAAUAUCCAUCUGGUCACACCAGAUAUAUGCCACACCUGUGAGGUGGAUGGAUUAUCUCGGUAAAAGAGAAGUGCUCACUAACACAGAUUUAGACAGAUUUGGCCUUUUGUGUACAUAGUAAGUCUUAGAUCUUUGAGUUAAGCUCAUGAAAAAUGGAGGCAAAAACAAAAGUGUUGCGUUUAUAAUUGUGUUCAGUGUAUAUGAACUAUCCAAUGAUUAACUACAUAAUGAAUACCAUGAAAAGAUUUUCUACUUAAAGGAUCACUCACUGCUCCCCCCCUUAAGGUGUUAAACUGUUUUCAAACAGUAUAACUGUCACAGUAACAACAAUAUUGGUAUUGUAAAGUGGCCAGCAGAGGACAGGAGGCAGACUGGACAAGUGUUGGGGGCCCCAAGUUAGGCAUUUAAGGUUAAUGUAGUUUUUUGCUUAGGAACUAUUAGCUCUGAGUUGUUAAUAGUGGGGAGGAUGCAAGGGCACGCGUGGCAUCCUAACCAUUAUGUUCAAUAAAUGGUUUAACACCUUAGGGUGAGACCGAUAGAUUGAGAUAGUGUUAGUUUGUGGGGUGGGGUGUCCUUUUAAUUUUUGUAUCUCUGAAAAAAGUUAUAAGAGAAUGUAAUCUUUCAUGAACUGUACGGUGGCAUUUUCUCAAGCUGUGAUACUUACAUUUUCAUUUUUACUUUUAUUUGCUAUAUUGUCUUCAUAUCCACUCAUGAUUCCUUUUUUUCUUUAAUUUGAAACAGUGGCAGCAGUGGAGGAAGUGGUAGUCGAGAAAAUAGUGGAAGUAGCAGCAUUGGUAUUCCCAUAGCUGUGCCAACGCCAUCUCCACCAACUAUUGGGCAAGGUAGGGCUUGUUUCAUUUUAGUUAAUCUUGUCAUAAUCCAUAUUAUUGAUCACGGUUAGCCUACCUUCAACACGCCAGAUGCUGUGUACUACAUCUCCCAUAAUGCUCUUACAUCCAUAGUACUGACAAAGCAUCAAGGGAGAUGUAGUCCACAAUAUCUGGGUUGCCGAAGGUUGCCUACCUCUGACAAAGAUUAUAAUUCGGUCACAGAGGAAGCAUUUUGUUGCAUGAGGCAAUGUUUUAAUAAGGGAUGCUAGAGAUUUUAGAGGGAGCUUAAAUUUGAGAUGGGCAAAGUAAAUGUGUUCUUAAUGGCUGAGAUUUAUUGUCCGUUCUGGCAAGUAUAGCAGCUUAACGUAACUAGUGUAAAUACCAAGCGAUUUUUCUCGGUUCUGCUUUUUUAAAAGUGUGUGUGUUUGUGUCUGUCAGUCACCAGGCACUGUGAAUGGUUUUUUUUUUUUUGUGUUUUUUUUUUUUUUUUAAUUCUAUUUAUGAAUUUCUUUUGCAAGACCACAAGUGGUUAAGCUAGCUGUGCAAAUGAUAUAUUUAUUUUUGCAGGAAUCUCAGUUAUAGCAGCAGUUAUGAAAUAGACUCCUGCUGUGUGAAUAUAAAGUGAAGAAUAGAAUUGUAAGAUUCAUUCCAAAUAUGACAGUCAAUUAUACAUCCACAUUAUAAAGUGCUUAUUACUACACUUUAGCAUUUUCCUUCGUUAAACAGUGCUGCUGCUGUGAUUCCUUCAAACUUAUCCUGAUUUAUGAUUUUAUUGUAUCUGUUAGGAAAACAACUUGUCUUAACACAACUAGUAUCUGAAUUAAGCACAAGUCAAUAAUGACUAAAAAAAAAAUACAUUAAUGGGUGAUGUGACAUUUAUGUUGACUGUUUAGUCUUGAAAGCGUCGCACUGUCAUACCUGACAUUAUACGUUAUUUUACUACUAAAAAUUCCCCAGGUACUAUUGGUGGCCCACCACCUGCGCCACCAGCUCCGCCCCCACCUCCACCCCUUCCUCCAGGUGAGACUUCAGUAUUGUAGAAUAUGGAUGUCUUCCUGCAUUAAUUCAUGGUGUUUAAAGGGUCUUUCAAUGACUGUAGAUACAUUUCCUGGUGUCAUAAAUCAAUGUUUUAACCUUGUCUAAUACAACUUUCUAAUAACUAUUAAUUUGUAUAGUGUGAAAACAUUUAAAGUGAACACACACAAAAAAAUUCAAUGGUAAUUUAACCCCUUAAGGACACAUGACGUGUGACAUGUCAUGAUUCCAUUUUUUUUCCAGAAGUUUGGUCCUUAAGAGGUUAAAUAGACUGUAAUUCCAUAAUUUAGAAGAGCCAUGGUUUGACAAAUAAGCACUACCAGGUGGUGCUGCAUCCCGUUUUGUUAUAUCACCAACAUUUAUUGGGAGUUGGACAUAGCCAUAAUAGGGAUUGAUCAGUACAAAGUGCCGUGGGGGUUUGCAAAAAUUGAAACCGGAAAAAGAAUACUCACAAAAUGAUGAGACUAGAACUUGACCUGAAUUGGCUUUAACCCUAAGCUUAGUUUGGCUCUAACCAAAAUCAUUUGAUAAUUUUAAUACAACUCACCUGCAACAUUCAUCUUACGGAAUCUUCUUAAUAUUUUUCAUAUAUUUUAUUUUCUUUUUUUCUAACGAUGAGUUUAAAAUUACCCCACAGUAUACCUAAUAUCAAGAAUUUAAACUAAAAUCCUGUCCGGUUGCUUGGUUUGAGGUCUAUGCAAAGAAAGAUUAACCUAUGAAGUUUAACAGGUAGCGGAGCAUCGCCAGGGUCCCCCCGGAAGUACUACAUGGGUAGUAAAGUGAGCAUUAUCAACAGUCAAGUUAGGGCUGAGACUGUCAUCUUGUAGCACGAACAAGUUUUUAACACCCACUGAAUUUGAGCGUGGGAAAGGCAGUAAACAUAAGUAUGCUGAGAUUAGUAUUUUUUUGUGUGUUCUCUUCUCAUUAGAGAUUUUUUUUCUUGCAGACUUUUCUCUUGCAUUUGUAGAUAUAGCAUUGUAACUUUCAAAUUAUUAUAUAUUUGUUCAUGUGCGAAAACAUAUACACUUUGCUAAAAGAAGGAAAAUACUACAUCAAUCCAAUACUAUAUCAAUCCAAUAAUUAAAACAAACAACAAAAAUGUGUUCUGUAGUGGUUAAUUGCAACUUUUAAUGAGCACACUUGAAAACUGAUAUUUGUGAUUUUUAAAAAUGUAAAAGAAAUGUUUGCAAGAGUUGAAACUAUGAAAUUUUGACGUAAAUGAGCAUGAAUAUAAAAAUCUAAAAAAUAAUGCUAAUCCAAACUGCCUAAUUUUCUGGUGAUGGGUUAUUGUGGACAUUUUUGUUUAAUAAAACAUUUAUUUUACAGAAUUUUUUUUAUUAAUGGUCUCCUGUGUGAUAGCUAUGUUGAACAUAUCAUGUGUUUUUAUAGUUUCUAAGGGGAUGCCCAAACAUCAUAAACAAUGUAGAUCACAAACCUCUGGAGUCCCAAUAAAGGUUACAUUAGCUAUGCGUUAUUUCACAAGUAGGCCACAUCUAGUAUCCAGCUCUUAUGGUGGAGUGUUUGAGGUUGCCUUAGCCUGGUACUUGUAUAGGUGCAGCUUAAAUUGUUUUUUUAUAUUCAGAUUUAAAUUUCAGCAUAAGACUUCUCCACUUGUGUUUAAUCUAGUGCAAUCCUCAGCACUUUGUGUUCUGAUAUGUAAAACCUUUAAAAUACCCCUGGUUUUAUUUAUUUUUUUAUUUUUAUUUUUUAACUAUUGCUUUUUUUUUUUUUUUAGAAGAUAUCAUUAAGGCCAUAUUAACAUUCUAUUUUGUCAGAGAUAUUGAAGCUGUUGCCUGGCAAUUUCUUUUCAAACUUGCCUAUAGCUGGCGUUUCCAGGAAGAACUUCAAUGCUCGCUGGUUCAAAUUCUUGGUUCUAGUGUUCAUCGAAUAAGCAAAAUCUGACUUUUUUUUUUUUUUUUCCUCCAUCUAAUUACUUACAGUGAGUGGUGGUACCAUUCCUGGAUCCCAGUUUGGCUCUAUGACCAGGCAGAUCUCACGACACAACUCAAACACGUCUUCUGCCUCUUCUGGCGGCUACAGACGAACCCCGUCUGUGACCUCGCAAUACUCUGCUCAACCCCAUGUCAACGGUGGUCCACUUUAUUCUCAAAACUCAAGUAAGAUUUUCAGUUUGUCUCCUGCAACAACAUUCUAUUUAAUUUCACCGCAAAUUCUAGAGUUCAUCCCUUUACAGGAGAAUCCACAGUUUAAAAAAAAAAAAAAAUAAAUAAAAAAAAAAUUGUUUAGCAUUUCACUUCUAAACCAAAACCUAGUAAUAUAUUUAGAGUUUUUAAAUGUUUGUAACCCGUUACGUUUUGGUUAGAGUGAAAGUUUGAGUGUUUGGGAGAAUAAGGUUCGUUAAAAAUAUUAUGAUGGAUAUUUCUGAUACCGUUACAAAACUGAAAAGCAGUCUUAUUGGCGUGUUUUCAGACUAUUCCUAUCCUGCUUGAUACAUUAUUGGUUUGCCGUGUUUGUCCUUGUUUUUGUGUUUGUCAAAGUGUUUCUUUAUUAAUUUCCAUCUUAAUUGAAGAGGAUAAUUUUGUUAUUAAAUAUCCUUUGAAAAUAAGUUUUUAUGUGUAAUUUGAAUGGGAAAAGUGAUGACUACACUGUUACUACAAAUUACUUUUCCUGAGUGAUCCCAAACUUGAGAUCAUGGCGAAUCAAACCUAAAUGAAAUCUGCUCCAAGCCUUUUAAUGGUUAUAGGACAGCAGCUUUGCUCAUACAAUAUGUUCCAUGGAUAACAUUUUUGUCAAUCAGAUGUAGGUUAAUAUAGCAGGUUGAAUUCUCAUCAGGAAACCUAAAACUCCAUUAAAAAGAAAACCCAAAUAUGUUUUUAUUUAUCCGUUAAACAUGCCAAUAAAAUCAAGGACAAGCUUGAACAUUGGCUAGAUUUAUUUUAGUGCAGACUGCCAGUAACUCCUGCAGCAAAGUCUGACUUGUAUUUGCUAUUAAAAGGCCUUGCAUCUCUUUAAUGGGGCGGUGGGUAAGUCACUAAAUGAGUUGUGGUACGUUUACAUUCAAGUUACAUACACUGACUAGGCCAAAAGUUAAUUCGAAAAAAAUCUUUAUUUUAUAUUUUUUUCAUUUCUGCUAUUGAGGCCUAAAUUGCAGACUGUGAAGUGUCUUGGUUGGUUAGUGCACCAGCUGUUGUAUUUUAAGUAGCUGAACAAACAUCGGGGGGUCAUGAGAUAGCUUCUUAAUGUGAUCACCUUGAAUGCCGUUGAGCAGGACAAACCUGAAUCCAGAGAAAUCUAAAUUGAUCCUCCCUGGUGAAAUAAUUCUUAUUCUGUCUUGGAUGUCAACUCACCACAGCUCAAAGUGCAUUGAAUAAAACUCUGGAAGUAAUUUCCCUCUGUCUUUAAUUGGCCACACAGUAAUUGAGGUUUGCACAGUCCAUGUUCGAGGGUUUCCUUGUCAGUUCAAUGUGGUUUGUUUCAUAAUUGUUACUGUUUCUGCUUCAGGUCUUUGUAACUGACUGCUGCUUGUUUGUCUCUUUUCUGUUUUACCUCUUCCAUUGUGGCGUUGUUGCUUCCAGUUUCUCUCGCUUCUCCCCCUCCCCCAAUGCCUCAAUUGACUCCACAGAUACCUCUCACAGGCUUCGUGGCCAGAGUGCAGGAAAACAGUAAGUUUCUUCCACGUAUGCUGCUGGUGGAGCACUUGGCAUGCAUGGCUAGCACACACUGCAUCUGCCACUUGGCUAUUAACUUUGCACUAGGGUCUGUGCCCUCCGUGAGCCCAGUAAAUGGGUAAUACAUACAUACAUGCAUGGAGUUUACGAUUCUAUAACUUUACCCGCAGAUUCUGCAAUGGGUGUAUUGUACAUUAACAUGUUUUGUGGGGGGAAAAAAAAGACAAAUGACUGGAAUCUGGAUAAAUAACAUUAUUUAUUAUGCUGUGAUUGACUGCGUUUUAGAUUUGCACAUGAAGUUAAAGGGAUCCCAUCUUCAGAAUUGUGUUUGGAACUAGACUCGUACACUCAACUUAAUAUGAAGUCUACAAAUGGACCCAAAAUAGAACAAGUUGUAUCUCUUCAUUCAGUGCAGUCAUUUCUCAGAUUACAUGCAGUUACACGAUAUUCUGGCACAGAUUGUUUUGUUCAGUCGAGGGGUAUAAGAACACCAGACUUUGUAGUUCUUGUGAUUAAUCCUUGAUUAAAUAACAUGUGAAACAAUGUUUAUAGCAGGGAUAUCGCUAAAGAAGGGCAGGCCAAAAGAUAGAUCUCCUCCCAAAUGUUUGCGUUCCGACAGGUCCCAUGAUGCUUUGUAAGCCUUAAGUCCGCCAACGUAUCAUUGGCGUUGUAGUUCAAUGGCUGGAACCUGAUCACUGCGUAAAGCACUAUAAAUGUAGUUUUACAUUGUACCUAAUGGUGGUAGUGACAUUACAGUAAACAAGAUUAAAUAUUAAAAACAAAAAAAUAAGUUCUCUAACAUUCUAAAAUAACUGGCAUAUAAGAAAAGUUUGCUUUAAGGAUCCAAAAUAAAUUUUGAGAUCCUGGUUAUUUUAAUGUUGCUAAAUAUAGGCAGCAGGUUUAUUGUGCUGAUCUACGGAUUUGGAUCGAUAACAAAUCACAAACUUAAUUCCCUGCAUUAUAUCCAGGAUGUCUGCAAUGACUUGACAAAUAUGUUGUUUGUCAACCCACAACAUUAGCUUUGUGCAUAAAUAGAUUAGUCAUGGUCAGUAUGCAUACAUUGGGCAGUCUGUAACCCUUUCAUUAUCUAUACCAGGCUCCUACUGAUUUAGAUCUGGCACAUGUGUAGUCACUUAAAUGUUUAUAUGUAGACAAACUAUAAGCAAAGCAAAGGGAGAGUGUUAUACUGUUAACCAAAAGAACAGAUAUGAUUUGAGGAUCCAUGUAAUGGGUCAUACAAAGGUCGUCAACAAAAUAAUCCCAUGAGUUUGAAAUUCAGCAUUUUGUAUAAAACAUCUUACACGCACAUCACAAUAUAUGUAUUAAAUAUAGCUUGCAUAAAAAUCAGUGAACUUAAAUAUACAUAUUGUGGAAGAAAAUGGAAAUAGGGCUUGUUUUAGACUCUGAGUUGGAUUUCCUAUAAAUGAUCUGAGAUGGGCAUCAUAGCGCCACCUGCUGUCUCAAAAUAGCAAGAUUUUCUAAAAUGUGACUAGGGUGUGAUACAAUACUACACAUGCAGUCUUUUAGAAUAUUUUGUUUCUCCCUGGGACAGAGAGACAAGGAAGUCCAUUGUGAUGCUGUGAAUCUCUUUUUAAAAAGGGAAAAUGAAAACCAAAAAAAAAGAAUAAAUUAAAAAAGAGGAAAAUCCCCAAGCUGUGCAGCUUCUCCAUUGAGCUCUUUGAACUAGGAAGUGACUCAGAGCUUGUCCCAUAUGCAGUGCAUCAUGGGAUUUUUAGUUGAAUUGUUUAAGUUUUUACUAUAGAAAGCCACCAACUGAUUACUCCUGAACUAAGUAGUAACAACACGUAGUAUGAAGCAGAAGUUAUUUGGAGUAAAAUGAUUCCUACAGUUUGUUGGUGAAGGGCAGAAAUAGGGGGCUUACAGAGCAAAACCAGUUUGGGUGAAAAAAGUGAUUUAAAAUGUAAAAAUAAAAAAAGAUACACUGGGCAUAGUAAUUCCACACUGGGGUGUAUGGUGUAUACCUGUAAUGUGACUCUAUUGCAUUGAAUAAUAUAUUAAUGGGGAAAAAAACACAUUUAUUUGUUGCUUAUUUACAGUUAGGAAAUCUGCCUUUUUUGAGUCAAACACUGUGAAGCUCUCACUAAAUUGUAUCAACAGCCCAAUGUCAGGAUUUACAUUCCAGCAUUUGUAGUAAUUCCAAGUUAAGAGGAGAGUCUGGAAAUACUCGUACUGAUAGAUUCUUGAGCGGCCUGUAAGUCAUUGGAAAUUGCUCUGACCUUUUGGUAAAGCACUCAUGGCUAGUGAUGUGAGAAUCACACGAUAUUAAAUAAUGCAUGUGUGCCUUUCUUGUACAUACUAUGAAUAAAUCAUUCAAGGAUUAGCACACACAUGUAAGUGCACUCACACUGACUGGGGAAGAAUGCUUGCUGAAUAUCUGUGCAUUGGUCAUGGUAAUUAAUCAGAUAGAGAUGAAAAUGCUUUUUUUUAUUAUAGUACAGACGAGACGGUUAGAAGCUUUCAGGUGCAAAAGAAUGCUUUGCUGCUGAGGCUGAUGCAUGUUUAUCUAAUGCAUGUACAUCAAUGGUGUAAUCACUAUUUUUACUCAUUCACCCCUGAGUUCUAGCCUACGCAUCCCCUAAUGGCCAAAAUCAAUCUGCCCACAGUUGCUUGGGUGAUCUUGAGCCUCCACAUUUAAAAAACAAAAAAACAAUCCAAGAAUCACAUACAGUAAGUGGUAGCUGAUAUAAAGUCCAAAACAUCAGGUGUGAAAGGGCAUGUUCCCCCUCCACCUCUUUAUUUUAUUUUUUGGUGUGUUCACACAAUUUCAAUCCACUUUUUUAUUUUUUUUAUUUAAGUUGCUGAUAGUCCAACACCCCCACCUCCACCACCACCUGAUGAAAUCCCAAUGUUUGAUGAUUCCCCUCCUCCCCCACCUCCACCCCCAGUUGACUAUGAAGAAGAGGAAGCUGCGGUUGUGCAGUACAGUGACCCAUACGCAGACGGCGAUCCAAUAUGGGCACCCAAUACCUACCUUGAGAAAGGUAAGAGAUCAGCGCUGGGUUUUUAACAAUCUCCGUGUCCAUCCAUGUUAUUUAUUUAUUUGUUAUUAUUGUUACCAGGAAGAUGUGCGCUCCUUUAAAUAUAUCGUUGUUGAGGGUUUUUUAUUUGCUGCCUUUUGAGUCUCCCACCAUGCUUAGUGUUCUAAUUCUGUCAAAUACCAUACUUCAGUGUAGAGAUAAGAAAUGGACAGUGUAUUGUCAAACACAGAAUAUUGAUGUUUGCUCACAAAAGCCCUAUCAGGGUCUCAUGGAUCAAUAUGACACAAACAUCCACUCCCUGAGCUAGAUGCUCUGAUUGGCCUAUUGAAAAAACGUGGCUAUUGUGCCGUGUGCUGCACAGUGGGUUCAUCUGGUAUACCUGUGAUUAGUGUAAUUUCUAGCUUACACAGAUUGGAACACAAAGAGGAAACCUUUAUUUUCUUAAAUAUACCCCAAACCGGCCUGAUUGCCUUACUCUUACCAUAGCCAUUAACAUAAUUCCAAUGAAGACGUGUUGCAAAUUUUGCAAAUGGUGCAAUAGCUCCGUGCAUAGAUCUAGCUAUUGCUGAUCGUAUGGUUAGGAGAAAACAAUUGUGGGGCCAUAAAGCCAGACUUCCUUUUAACAUGAGACCUGUUUUAUUAAGCUUGGAACUCCAUGGGGCUCAAUGGUACUCUGCUCUUCAUUGCUAAUUCUGUUCCCCUGUUUACCAUUCUAUGGCUCAAUGAACACGUUCAGGAUUAUUCUCUGGGAACUAUGGAGAAUUCUACAUUUUAAUACAAAAUUAUCCAGCUGGCAAAAUAGCAGAGCGGGUUUUUGUCUACAUCAGAUAAUUUGACCUAAAAUUGAUAAAUUUUCGACAAUUUAUCAAAUAUCCACGACAGAACAAAAUACACAUAUUGGUUUUGUAUCGGAAGAGUAUACACAUAACACGUGUGGAGGGGGUGGAAUCUGAUUAAUUUACAUUUUGUUUUUAAACUGUUCAUCUUUCCUUAACUGUGCACAACUACAGAACUGUGAUGGGGAUCCUAUGGCACAGGUGCCACUCAGAGAUGGCACUCUAGUUUAGCCCUUGUUCCUGAAGGCCUGGUAAUUGGGGAAGGAGGGUGUCAAAUAGUGUAUUUUUGGGUGGGAAAAUUAUAUUUAUUUUAUCCCUCUAUUAACCUAACCUUAAGUGUUCUUUUUUUAAAAAUCUUUUUAGUUGUUGCCAUUUACGAUUAUGCAAAGGAUAAGGAUGAUGAGCUGUCUUUCAUGGAGGGAUCAAUCAUUUACGUAAUCAAGAAGAAUGACGAUGGCUGGUAUGAAGGAGUUUCCAAUGGUGUAACCGGCCUUUUUCCUGGGAAUUAUGUUGAAACAAUCAUGCACUAUGCGGAUUAAAAAGAAUUCUAAUUUUUUUUUUUUUAAAGAGAGAACAUUGAGUUCAGUACAACACGUCUAUUCUGGUUUUAAAUUUAAUUGUAAGAAGUAACGUCUGCGUAUGUGUAAAGCCGUGGCUUGUUUUUUUUUUUUCUUCUUCUUUUAACCUAUUCGGCGCCUGCGCACAUCUUUGUCGCCGAAAGGGCACAGGCAUUUGUGCUAUGGUGGAAUGUCUUCUCGUGAGCCUCAAAAGACCAAUUGCAGUCGUAUCAACAGGGGGCGCCAGUUGUUUCUGCUUCUGUAUUCACUUCUCAGUCGUUGAUUUUAAUGACCAGCGUAAAUAUUCCAUUGGGUUAUAGGGUGUAGUAUUUAAUAAUGAAUUCAUCGUGUGCCAUUGCAUUUUUAUUUUCAGUGCAGCAUGGAAACUAACACUAAGUUAGACGAACAUUAACAUUUGGACUAUAAUUUAAUGCUACUACCGCUGGUCGUACUGCCUUUUAAUUAGAUAAUCGCUCAUUCUAAUUAUUAAACAAUUUGUUUAAAGCAUGCAUACAGAACUUAUGUACUGAAAUAUUUUUUUAAGAAUCCACAAUGCUUCCAAUAUAUUGUAACAUUUACCAUGAGUACUCACAUAUUCAAGGAUUUGUGAAGUCUUUUAAAGUGUCCAUUUGUGAAUCCAAAAAAAAAAAAAAAUGGUUGUAAAAUGUAUUUUGUAAUUUGUAUGCAUUUCUUUUAUUCAACCAUUUUGAAUAUCACUUUCCUGAAUACAUAACUGCUUUAAUGGACUGUACAUUUCUGGUUUUAAAUUCUGAAAAAAAAAAAAAAAAAAAAGGCUUUUGACGUACUUGGGCGGCGCUUAUAGUAUAUCCAAUCACGAAAAGAAAAUAAUUGCUCACACAGUAAAGCCAAUUCUGAUAAAUACUUUUCUUUGAUUUUUAAAUAGUAGUGUUUCCUAUUACUGUUGUCACAAACUGCUUUCUGAGGUUUAAUAUAAAUGAAUCGUUGAUUUAUUGCUAGUAUGCUGUACGACAUGUUUUAUCGUUCAAAUACUACACCAAGGACAUAUUUUGGACUUUGAUAAAAAAAAAAAAAAGUAUUUAAAAAAGUUUGUAGAGAGAGCCCAUGUUUUGUAUUUGCUAAAUUGUCCUUCAUUAACUGGGUUGCACAACAUCUCCAAACUUUGCACUUCUGCACCGAGCUCAUCCUGACAAAAAAGUGACUAGUUUCUCUUCAUAUUUCAAGCGGCUCUGUUACGUAUUUUUAAUUGCCCUUGUUUUAUUUUCCUUAUGCCUCUUGUAUCUUAAUGAAUAUACUCCCCUCUUUGCCACUUGCCUUCAUUUAUAUACUUUUUUCCUUCCCUGCGUUGAACCUUAAAACAUGGGCGCCUCCAUUUUGUUCUCAAUGCUGUGGGAAGUUUACCAUUCUAUGAGAUUCUUUUGACUGAUGGAAUGUGUGUAAAUUAGCAACAUUAGUGGAACUUUGCUUUAGCAACUGCCAAUUCCAAAAGAUCAAAUUCCCUGUUAGAAAAAUAGUUGCUACUUUGUGUGUGUGUGUGUGUGUAUAUGUAUGUGUAUGUAUGUAUGUGUAUAUAUAUAUAUAUAUAUAUAUAUACAUAUACAUAUACACACACACACAAAAAAAAAGAUUAAUUUAAAUGCAAAACCUGCAAAGUAACAAAGCCGCUUUAACGUUUCUGUGUACUGAAUCCAUAAGUGAGGCCUUGUGGAUAAGCAGUGUUUCUGGGAAUUUCUACUAACCGUAUAAACCGCUACUGUAUUUCUACUGACCGCUAACAGCUGUACUGCGAAUCCCAGAAGUGCCUUGAGCGAAGUAUUAGGAACAAAAUGGAAAACACUGCUGGUUGGGACGGAGAGGCAGAAGAGGUUGGCAUAUACAGCAUAAAUAUGGUAAUAAAUCAAAAUGGCUACUUUCUCUACCUAAAUCUUUUUUUUUUUUUUUUGUCUUUUGUAAUCUAUUUAGCACCACCCAUCAGUUUUCCUUUUUUUAAUUGACAGCAGUACAUGUCAGAGUCACAUUUCUUGGGAAGAAAGCAAGAAUAAAAAUUCCACUAACAAGGGCAACAAUAUGAUUUGACUUGAGUGCAAGAAGUAUGCUGCGGCUCUGUUUUGCACUCAUUUGAUUAACACACCUUUACAACAUGGCUUCUAUUAAACUAUUAGACAGUUUAAUGAAAUCCGGGCUAAUCAGGUGCCGUAAUUCAUAUUUAUACUGCAGUCGUUCAGCAUAAUUUCAAAUUAACCUGCAACUAUAGUCUCAAACCUAGGAGAGCUCAGGUUUAGUAAAACGGAGUUAACGUCCAAAUUUAAAUGUGGAACCUGCAUAUCAAAGAUUCCUGCUUUAUGUACAAAGCAGGUGUCAAUUCAUUAAACUGCUGGUGAAAGGUUAUAGGCUAGUGAUGGCAAAACGUUGGCCAGCAGAACAGAGCAUCAUUGGGGAGGAAAUAUGUAGCUCAGAUCUCAAGAGUUGGUCAUUACAGGCUCAGUUCAGAGUUAAAUCAAAUACAGUGUAAAAUGUCUAUGGAAAUAUACAGUAUGUAGACAUUUUUUCCCCAACCCCCUCUUAAACGCACAAAACCUGCACUGCUACGUUAAAUGGUGAAAUACUGACGUUUGUUAAACAUUCCAAAAUGUUUGUGACCAGGCAUUAAAAUAGCACAGAUAUACUACAUUAAGGGACCGGUUAAUGUGCCAAGGUCUCCACUUUGGAGCAAACUGGGCCAAAAGUAUCCAGAUUCUUAUUUUUGUAAGAGGGCGGGCGGCUUUAUGAAUUUCAUGUGUUCAUAUGGAGGGUAGGUAGCAUAGAUCUUGUGGAGAAUGAUGCCAGUUGUAGUCUAGUAAGUGCCAUUGCUAUGUCGGCUUUUUUUUCUUCGUAUAACUGUUCACCAGAAAACUUUUUGGAUUAGGGCACUUGAUAUCUGCUUAUUUUUUCCCUUCUUCCUUCAAACCCUCUGCUGUGUAAGGGGACUGUUCUGGAUACUCUAAUGUUUAGGGAUGGGCAGGAAAACCCUGUUGUAUCUGCACUGCAAAUUCUUGCUUUCAGUGGCAAAUUGUCAUGACGUUUAAAUUUCCACCUGACUAACUGGACAUGGGGAAAGGAGUUUUUCAUUUUUCGGGAACUUUGUGGGAGAUGAGGUGACUUAUUUUUUUUUUUUAAACGUGUUUUGCAAAACUUAAUUCACAAAAUGGAAUUUCCUCGUUUUUAGAUCGAGGUUUCUCACAGGUGCUCUUUUUCAACUGCAAUAGUUUUCUGGUGGUAGGCUUCACCCAUCCGUACUCAUGUCUGCAUGAACAGGUUGCACUGAACAGUCUAACACUGCAUGUAGUAUAUCAGAUUAAUUCGUUUUUCUGCUAAUGGCUUCAAAUAGGCAUUUUAAAAACAAAUGUGGGGGAAUAUACUUUUGCAUUGAUUUGAAAAGAUAAAAAGCAAAUCAUGCUUUGCAGUUGAUACCAGAACUGCCAUUAGAUGGUAACUUUGCCCUCUAGAUCCCAAACUGUCUAUAAAAAGGGAUUCCCUUUUGCUAUAUUUGGCAGUAUCAAACUGGUGUCUUGCUUUUUAAAUGCUGAGCUUUGCUGUGAAAUUUAAUUUUUUCUUUCUAUCCACUUGUAAUUUCCAUGCUUUCUUAUCGUUAUACGAAUUGAAACAUUAUAAAAACUUUUUAAAAAUAAGUGUUUAUUUUCGAUUUGGACAAUUUCAUUUGUAUAUAACCUGUUAAUCUUAUGUACAGUCUUUUAUAAUAAACCAUUCUCCUACGUAAUAAAGAUGGCAGUGUUUCUUAGAUCUAAACCAGUUGUGAAAGGGGAAAAAAAAAUGCAUAAAAAAAGUGUAUAUUUAUUGUUGACAAAGUUUGGCGACAACAGAUGGGACAUGAAGAUGUCGAAGCACACAAUACCAGAUACAUUAAUCAGGUUUAUUUCUUAUGGUGGCCUCUGCACACAAGUCUAUCACCAAUGUAAACAAGGCUUGUUUAUGCCAACCAAAUACAACACAGGCUGCUCCAGCACAGGUAAUGGUACAUUUUAUACAGUAGCAAUAGUAAGGAAAAGGGAUAAAUACAAAUUAACAUCACUUCAAUCGAGUGCCAGAGUGAUUUGGUAACUUGCAUCCAGCAAUUAAAUUCAUAUUUUACUUAAUAAAAUGCAAUGACUGCCCGGGCCAGGGAUUUAAUGCGGAUUAAAAUAACAGCACAUAUCGCUGGCUUGUUGGUAAACUUAACACAAUUUUUCCAUAAAAGUACAUUGGAGGUAAAUCAAAAACAUUGAAUAUUUGAUUGAAAUGUGGUGAAUGACGUAUAUAAUUUUAAUUUUCUUUUUUACUUGGGUUUUGCCUUUUACUCCACAUUUGCUAGCAUAAUGUAGAGAUGCAAAUUAAUACAUUUAUUUUAAAGUGUGUGUAACAUCACAGGUACAUAAACGGGUUUUAUUUUUUUAAAUAAAGGAGAAAAAAAAAAAAUAGACACGUUAUUUUUGGAGAGGCUAUCAACUGUGUUGUACACAAGAUUGCUUGAGCUGCCAUUACAAAAAUGUGUGACAAGGUAGGUAUACGUUUAAUCUAGGCAUGGUGCUGACAAAUGCAUGUGGCAUCCUACAAUCCUUGGUAUACAGCUGUAAUCUGAGAAUUGUGGAAAGCAAUUCCAGCACUUAAGGGUUGGCUGUAACCAGCUUCCAUAGAUGCAGUAUUUACUGCACUGUUAAAUAGUGUAUAAAGGAAUAGGCCAGUCUCUUUGAAAUACUCAAUGUAUAGAUAUUUACUGCCUAUAAAAUGGAACCAUGACUUUGUGCCAGACCUGGACACUCCUAAAUCUACAGCGUUUGAUCUGACAGUCAGCCAAUAUGCAGCUAUAUGUAAAACAUCAGGAAUGCAAACUGCAUUCCAAAUUUGACCGCAAAGCCAAACUGGAAAAUAUUCCUAGGUUGUUUUAUUCUAAAAUUUUAAAUGUGCCUUGAAUUUCCAAUAAAUCACACUUUAGUGAAUAAUCCUCCUAAAUUUAAUUUCACCUUUACCAUAAUUUACUAGAGCUGUGGCUAUAUCUCUACUCCCUUUGCCAUCUUGAAUUCAUUCUCAGAAUAUUCCAGAUGUGACUCAAAUUCUGUUACAACCACAAACUAUGAAUAUUACUUUUUGCAAACUUUUUCUCAACUCACCAGCUCACUUGUGAGUAAGCAUAUAUAUGGGUCUUUAAAAUAAAAACUCCUUGAUAAUUUGAUACAUAUUAUAAAAUGUUCCCUAAGGAAAAUAAAAUCCCUUUUCUUUACCACUGUUCAAUAAGUCAUAUGGCUUACACUGGAUAAAAAAAAAAAAAAGUACAGUACUUUAAUGUAGACAACAGCUUUUUUAAAGAUCUAAAAUAAAAAAAAAAAGUGAUUUUUUUUUUUUUUGGUGGCCUGCACAGGAAGUAGCGCUGGCUGUGUUUUAAAGUGUUGCAUUAGGCACAGUUUGGUGGGAGCUGCCAGGGAGUGUGCAAGUCCACAGGUGUUAUUUGUCCCUUGUGAGCACAGUUUCUGUUAGCUGAAUAAGCGCAUCUCUCUCCGGGGACGGCUGAAGCUUGCUAAUCUCUCGGAUGGCUUCAGUACAGUAACGCUGGGCGAGGUAGGUUGUUUGGCGAACACCAUCACUCUGAGAGGUGAGAGGAGACAAUUGAAUGUAUCACCUUGUAGACCCU